CGCCUACCCCGCUCAAGGCCUGAUGCGACAUUGUCACCAAAGCAGCUUCAGCUCCUACACUGUUGCGCACUGCCGUUUGCGUUUGAUCGAUCUGGUGUUUUAAUAGCCAUUCAUCCUCUGUCUACAUGCUGACCUAGAGCAAACAGGGAAAGCCAGCUGUCGCACUCUGACUACUAGGUUGCCGCAUCAAGCCUCCCGUCUCGUUCGUAUCCCAUGCGCUUGCCCCACAUCCACACUGAUCGAUGCGUCUCCUGCAGUACCGCGAAAACGGAGAGCUCACUAUCGCCAGCUUCGACGAUAACGAGCUGCCUCCUUAUGCGAUACUUUCUCACACCUGGGGAUCAGAUAAAGAGGAGGUGACUUUUGCGGACAUCGUACAAGGCAGUAGCAAGGCUAAGCUUGGCUACAAGAAAAUUCGUUUCUGCGGAGAGCAGGCGCGACAAGAUGGACUGGAGUACUUCUGGAUCGAUACUUGUUGCAUCGAUAAGACGGACAAGGCUGAGCUCUCCCACGCUAUCCAAUCCAUAUUCCGCUGGUACCAGAACACAGUGAGAUGCUACGUUUACCUGUCAGACGUCUCGAAAAGAAAGGGGAGGUUCGGCGAUAUGCGUACUGAGUUCAGUUGGGAGCCUAGUUUCCGGGCAAGUCGAUGGUUCACGCGUAGUUGGACGCUUCAAGAGCUUCUUGCCCCAAGCACAGUCGUAUUCUUUUCUCAAGAGUGGGAGAAGCUUGGCGACAAGACGUCGCUCAUGUCUUUAAUCCACAAGAUUACGAGCAUCCCAUACGAAGUGCUCAAUGGAGUCCCUCUUUCUCAGUUCAGCGUCGACGAACGGUUGCGGUGGAAUGAAGGCCGGCAAACUAAACGCGAAGAAGAUGGAGCGUACUCGCUGCAAGGCAUUUUAGAUGUCAAGCUGGCGCCAGUGUAUGGCGAAGGUGCAGCUGGCGCCUUCAGGCGCCUUAUCAAUGAGAUCGACAGUUCAAAGCGAUGUAUCCGAGACCUACGCAGCACGGACCCGCGUGACGACAAGAAGCGCAUUGAACAGAUCAAAGGCGGACUGGUAGCGGACUCAUACCGCUGGAUCCUCGACAAUACCACUUUCCAGCAAUGGCAACAGGACCCGCACAGCCGACUUCUAUGGGUAAAAGGUGACCCUGGUAAAGGCAAGACGAUUCUGCUCUGUGGCAUCAUCAACGAACUACAGGAGGCAGCAAAUAACUCUGUCACCGUCUCAUACUUCUUUUGCCAAGCGACCGACUCGCGCAUCAACACCGCUACCGCUGUGCUACGAGGGCUGUUGUACAUGCUCGUAGAUCAGCAACCGUCGCUUAUAUCACACGUCCGCAAGAAGCACGAUCUUGCCGGCGAAAGCUUAUUCAACGACGCAAAUGCCUGGGCGGCCUUGACAGAAAUCUUUGUGGACGUGCUACGAGACUCAGACCUGCGCCCGACAUACCUCAUUAUCGACGCGCUAGAUGAGUGCGUCACUAAUCUACCUAUGCUGCUUGACUUUAUCACAAAACAGUCAUCGGUAUCUUCUCGUGUCAAAUGGAUCGUCUCUAGUCGCAACUGGCCAGAUAUCGAAGCGCAGCUAGAGCGGGCAGGCCACAAGGUAAGACUAAGCCUCGAGCUGAACGCAGAGUCAGUUGCGGCUGCAGUUGCUGGCUUUAUUCAGCAAAGGGUGGAUCAGCUGGCGCAAGAGAAACGGUAUACUGCAGAGGUUCGAGACGCUGUGCUCCAGCACUUAACGAUAAACGCGAACGACACCUUCCUCUGGGUUGCGUUGGUGUGCCAAGAACUUCAGAGGACGGCGAAUUGGCAUGUGCUGAAGAAGCUAGCCGUGUUCCCGCCUGGGCUAGACGACAUGUAUAUGUGGAUGAUGCAGCAGGUGAGCGAAUCAGACGAUGCCGAUAUCUGUUGGAAGGUGCUUGCUUCAGUUGCGAUCUUGUAUCAACCUGUUUCGGUCCCUGAACUAGUUGCGCUCGUGGAGCAGCUUGAAGACUUAGUUGACGACCUGGAGUCAGUGCGGAAUAUUAUCGGCUUCUGUGGAUCAUUUCUCACUCUGCGAGAAGACACAGUCUAUUUUGUGCAUCAGUCUGCAAAGGACUUCCUUUUUGCAAAGGCAUAUAACGAAGCCUUUUCAGAUGGGAUCGAAGACGUUCAUUGGACGAUCUUCUCAAGGUCGCUGGCGAUUCUAUCCAAGACAUUGUACAGGGACAUGUAUAGCUUGGAAGCGCCAGGAAUUGCUGUUGAGAACGUCAAACCACCGCAUCCGGACCCAUUAGCAGAGUCGCGCUACCCGUGUGUCUACUGGAUCGACCAUCUAUGCGACUCAAAAACCAAAUUUUUAGAGAAUAGUGGCGGUGACCUGCAAGUCACUGAAGUACUUGAUAAGUUCCUGAGAACAAAAUAUCUCUACUGGCUGGAAGGGCUUAGUCUUUGCAAGAGGAUAGCCAAAGGCGUUAUCUCCAUAACAAAACUGUGGUCAUUAGUGCAGGUAAAUCGGCUUAGUCAGCUUGUUUAUGACGCAUGGCGGUUCAUUAUGUAUCACAAAGGGGUAAUUGAGUGUUACCCUCUUCAGACGUAUGUAUCUGCGCUCCUGUUCAGUCCAACAGGUAGUCCGAUCCGAAAUUUGUUCCAGCACGAAGAGCCAGACGGAAUUCGCGUUACGCCACCCCUGAGCAACGGCUGGAGUGCGUGCCUGCAGACGUUCGAGGGCCAUAGCCAUGGUGUUACGUCAGUGGCCUUCUCGCACGACUCGACGCGGCUAGCAUCGGCGUCUGGAGACAUAACUGUUAAGAUCUGGGAUGCGAGCAGCGGCGCGUGCCUGCUGACGCUCGAGGGCCACAGCCGUAGUGUUAGGUCAGUGGCCUUCUCACACAACUCGACGCGGCUGGUGUCAGCGUCUAGCGACAAAACUGUCAAGAUCUGGGAUGCGAGCAGCGGCGUGUGCCUACAGACGCUCGAGGGCCAUAGCAGUGCUGUUAGGUCAGUGGCCUUCUCGCACGAAUCAACGCGGCUAGUGUCAGCGUCAGAUGACAGCACCGUCAAGAUCUGGGAUGCUAGCAGCGGCGUGUGCUUACAGACGCUCGAGGGCCAUAGCAGUGCUAUAAGGUCAACACUCACUGUCGCUAAAUCACUUGAUCACAUCUCGUUCGACACCUCUGGCUUGUAUCUCCACACGGACAUUGGCCCUAUCAGGAUCAUAGGUCCAUCAGAUUUCCCUCCAUUUCUAUCCCUUGUUGAACCUCAGGAUCUAGGCCUAGCUUUGAGUGCAAAUGAUGUGUGGAUAAGGCGUGGUUCACAGAACCUUGUGUGGCUACCCUCGGAAUUUCGACCAUUGUCCUCAGCCGUGUCAGGGAAGAUAGUUGGCGUUGGUGUUGGGAAUGGAAGAGGCGGUGGAAGGAGAUCGAAGAUGAGAACAUACAGGUUCUAGAGGUGAAGGAGACGACCGGGAAAUCACAACCGCAAAGCAUCAGUCAGAACGCAAUAAUGAUGCCUCUAAGAGAGAACUCUCAAGCACUUAUCGAGCAGCGAGACCGUACAUCACUUCAGAUUGAGAAACGAC